UAUGAAGACUAAAUGGAAUGUUUUGCCAAAUUCAGAAACUCACAUGGAAAAGCCAGUUACAAAUUUAGAAGAUCUAAGUAAAGAAGCUUUGAUCAAGCGUAUACGUAAGCUAGAAGCUCACGUCCAGCAGCUAAGAAAUGUACUAUCAAAACCGGAUAGAAAAUUAGCUAAAAAGUAUCGAAAAGGAAAGCCAUUCGAUUUCAAAAAGAUUAGAAAGAGAAAAAUUGCUCUGAAAAUAAUGUAUUUGGGAUGGGACUAUCACGGAUUUGCAUCCCAAGAAGAAAGCGGCAAUACUAUUGAAGGUCAUCUCUUUUCAGCAUUGACCAAAACGAAAUUAAUUGAAUCCAGAGAAACUUCAAAUUACCAUCGAUGUGGAAGAACGGAUAGAGGAGUAAGCGCUUUUGGCCAAGUAAUUAGUUUAGAGGUGAGAUCUAAUUUGAAGGGAGAAGAAACAGAAAUAAAAAUAGAAAAUGAGUUACCGUUUUGUAAAAUGUUAAAUGGCGUCCUACCGAAAGACAUAAGAGCAUUGGCUUGGUGUCCUGUUGAUGAAGAUUUUAGUGCAAGAUUUAAUUGUACAAAACGUACCUAUAAGUACUUUUUCCCGAAAGACAAUCUCUCUAUUGAGGCAAUAAGGGAAGCGUCAUCUCUUCUGAUAGGUGAACACGACUUUAGAAAUCUAUGUAAAAUGGAUAUAGCUAACAAUGUGACAAAUUACACAAGGCGUAUAACUUAUGUUGAUAUUAAAGUUUUAUACGAAAGAGAUGAAAAAUAUUCGGUUUGCGAGCUAACUGUGAUUGGAAAAGCUUUUUUAUGGCAUCAAAUACGUUGUAUUGUGUCUAUUUUAAUACUUAUUGGAUCUGGAAAGGAAAGCCCUAAGAUAAUAGAAGAAUUGUUGGAUGUUGAAAAGCACCCUUGUAAACCUCAGUAUAAUAUAGCAUCAGAGAUCCCUUUAGUGCUCUUUGACUGUGAAUUCGAGGAAGUUGAUUGGAAUUUUGAUGAAGAAAUCUUAAAAGGAAUAGUAGAAAUUUUAAAAGAAAAUUGGGCGAAAAGUGAAGUAAAAAAUACCAUGAUGAAAAAGAUGAUUGAAACGAUAGAGGAAGACUAUAUGAAGAAAACUAGGUCAAUUGAAAAAUCCAGAAAGCGUGAGAGAACGGAAGAUAUGUCCGAAAAGUCUUUCGGCUCCUUAAGUGAUUGGUUAGGUGGUCCAGCUAAAGGACAAAAUUAUAAACCUCUCUUUACUAGGCCUACUUGUGAAAAAUUUCUUAUUGGUAUAAAAGGAGGAAAAGUGGAGAGUCAAACUAUUCGCGAUAAUGGAGGAAAAUUUCUUAUUUCGUUGUUUCGCGGGAUCGAGUACGCUAAGUUGGAUAAAGCAAAUCCAAGAUGGUCAAACAGUUAUAUUAAUUAUAUUAUAAGGGCGGACGAAACUGGAAAAUUUCGUGCACCUUGCCCAAAUAGUGAAAAUCUCAAUUCGGAAGAGAGUUGCCUAUUUUUGGAUAUAUACGUUCCCUUAAAUAAAACCGUAUUAUAUAAUUACGAAAAUAUUCGAAAUAAGCUUCCCGUUCUUGUCGUCUUCUCCACAAAGAAAUUGAAUUGGAGAACAUGUGCAAAGUUAAGUAACAGUCUUAACAUCAUAAUUAUAGAAGUUCAAUAUAGAAAUGAUAUAUUAGGAUUUUUAAGCCAUAAUAUAGGCUUGGAGGAUCAAAAAACAGCAUUCAACUGGAUAACAGAUCAGCUAGACUUUUUUGGAGGUGACAAAAAGUCUAUAUCUUUAUAUGGUAGCGAAUUAAAUGCCGUAUGUGUAAGUCAUUUAUUGAACGGAGAAAACUCUCUGAGAGAAUCUAAAAUGUCUCAGAUACAUUCUGUUAUACUCAUUGGUGGAUCUUAUUUACACAAUUAUAAAUUAGCCUCGGAAAGAGAUCUCAUUUAUGACUUUAAAUGUUCAGGUUCAUCACUAUUAGAUUGCACAAGGAACUUGCCUUUAAAAACUUUAUUCUCAGUGUCUAAAAACUAUAAUUGGUAUCCUCCUACCUCUAAGGAAAUAACUAGAAGAAUUAAACCAAAAAUAUUCGUUCCAAUUAUGAUGGGAAUUGAAAAGUUAAGAAAAACUUUCAGUAUUCAACAAUCGGUUCAUUCUGAAUUUUUAUCCGAUAUCAAUAAUUUUAUAGCUCUAUUACGAUUGGAAUAUGGAGAUUGUAGAACAGAUAACAAGCAAGAAUUGAUCAAUGAUUUGUUUGUCAAUUCUCCGGUUAUACGAUAUAUGAAUGCUUUAUCAGCUAAUUUAAUCGAUAAUAAUAACAAUUAUUUGUAUCUUUUUAACAAUAUUGGAAACUACAGUAUUAGUGAUCUUAUAUUCACCGAUCUGGGGGGUCUUUCUGACUCGGAUUUGAAGUUAAAAGACUACUUUUUAAGCGCGUUUAAACUCUUCAUUAAAGAAAGAUACUAUAUAGAAAAGAAAGGCGUUAACGUACAUCGUGUUGAACAUACAGAUUAUGUAAUCUCUGUGGACUUGUUAUCUUGUAUAAACUAG